AUGGCUGGAACGAUACUGUGUGGAGUGGCAGCCUCCUACUUCACUGCAUUGUGGGGAAUAUUCUCUAUGACAGAGCUGUCAACGCCUUUCGCGUUCGAGAUUCUCCUCAAAGUCGGUCUCAGUCCACUUCAUGCUUCACUCGGCAAUCUGGCCAUAUGUGUUAUGGCAGUGAUUGGCGUAACGGUAUCAGGACAGUUAGUCGAACGCAUGGGACGCCGACCGCUUCUCCUCUUCACUUUCAGCGCGCUCGGCAUCAUAAAUGUCCUGGUAUCUGGAUUCAUGUAUAUGUUCCAAGUCAACAAGGAGCAGUGGAUCGGAUUUUGUGUGGUGAUAACAAUCUGUGCUUUCAACUUGAUGUUUGCCGCUGGCCCUGGACCCCUUUGCUUUUUUGUACCUGGCGAACUUGUCAGUCAGAAAGUUCGAACCGCUACAUACACGUGGCUGAACAUUACUAUGAACGGAUCUCGCUCUAUCCUACUGAUCGUGUACUUCCCCAUUCAAGCCGCUCUUGGAGGACCUCUGUCCUACUUUCUACUCUUCUUCCCUCCUUGCGCCCUGACUGUGGCGAUCUGUUACUUCUUUUUGCCUGAGACCACCGGGUUAACGCCUGAACAGGCACGAGCAGCGAUGCACCAACUUCCUGGAUUCUGUAAUAAGGGCGCAGAGCCUGAAGCUGAUGCUGAUGAAAAUGAGGAGAUGAAGUCAGACUAA